AUGCCCGCCACAGUAACCUCGCGCGCCCGCGAGCCUAAAAAAUCGAGGAAUCGCGACAGCGCCCCACCCGCAAAGAAAACCAAGCUCACGCAAUCGCCCGCAACGACCCGCCAAAACACGCUCAAGGCGCUAGUCAACGGCACCUCUGAGAAGCCAACAGCCAGAAUCAAUGGGGUCAAGAAUGCGCGCAAAGACCGUGUCGACGAGGCUACGGCUGUAGUGGCUGGAGGCCAGGCAGGCCAUGGUGACGUCGACAUGGAGGACGCCGCGAACCCAGUCAUUGAAAUCAGCAGCGCCGAAGAGGAGAGCGAGCAGGACAGUGCCGACUCUGGCUCAGAGCACGACGAGAAUGAAGACGACGACGAUAAGGCCGCCCCUGCGGUAAAUGGGAAUGGGCACAUGGACGAAGAGGAGGGCGUAGAGCAAGAAGAACUUUCCUUUGGAGAUCGGUUACGCGCACAAGACCCCGAGCCCGUGCAAGAAUCGCGCAUCGUCGACGUCGAGUCCGCUUUCGUAGGUGCCAAUCCCGAGUCUCGCGCGUUGGCGACUGCAGCACAUAGCCGACCACUCUCUGCACAAAAUGCCUCGUCGCUAGGCACUGUUCUCACCCAAGCUCUGCGCACAAACGAUACCGAGCUCCUCGAAUCCUGCUUGCGCGUCGUCGAUGUCGACACCAUCUAUGCCACUAUCGAGCGUCUGCCGUCACCCCUAGUAGCAACCCUGCUGCAAAAGCUUGCUGAGCGCUUGCACAAGAAGCCUGGACGCGCUGGCAUGCUCAUGGUAUGGGUGCAGUGGUCUCUCGCCGCACACGGUGGAUAUCUCGCCAGUCAGCCACAGCUAGUCAAGCGCCUCACAACCCUAAACAAGGUCCUGAAGGAACGCGCCAGUGGACUGCAACCCCUGCUUUCACUCAAGGGACGCCUAGACAUGCUGCAAGCCCAGCUUGAGCUACGGAAACGGAACCACAGAAGAACAGCCAUCGAUGACGAGGAUGAGGCCGUCAUCUACGUCGAGGGAGAAGACGACUACGUUUCCUCGGUAGAAGGCGAUGAUGAAGUCGAUGAGGCAGCGCCCGGGUUGCAGAAGCGGACACGGCAAGAUCUCGAAGACGACGACGAGAGCUCGCUUGACGAGAUGCCGACCACAAUGGAAGUCGACGAGGACGAGGAUGAGGGAACCGACGACUCGGAAGGCCUCAUUGACGAUGAAGCGGAAGAGACGGAUGACGAUAUCGGCGACAACUUAUCCGAGCCCGUAAGCGAUGAUCUAGAUGACGGAGAGGGCGUAUCGGAAAGCGAAGAAGAGGCGAAACCGGCCAGACGUUCUACCGCGGCUCGCUCUGGCCUGAGGAGUCGGCGUUGA